AUGCAUCCUAAUGAGAAUCUCGUACUUGUUCUCGUUAUUCCUCUCUUAAACGCCGAUAACUAUCAUUCUUGGCCAAGAUCCAUGACAAAGGCAUUAAGAUCCAAGAAUAAAUUGCAUUUCAUCCAUGGUGCAUUACCUCGACCACCAGAUGAAGAUCGUGACUCCAUUGCUUGGGCUCGGUGCAACAAAGUGAUCAUGUCAUGGUUGAAUAACUCGAUCGAAUAUGAGAUUUCACAAAGCGUUUUAUGGAUGGAAAGAGCUCCAGGCAUAUGGAAGGAAUUGAAAGAUCAUUUUUAUCAUGGAGAUGUUUUCAUAAUUUCAGAAAUUCGGGAAGAAAUUUGCACCCUUAGGAAAGACAUUGACAAGAUUCACAACUAUCGAGAUUAUGAUCAAGUAAUCAGAUUUCUCAAAGGUUUGAAUGAUAACUACUCUACAGUUAGAUCCCAAAUCAUGUUGAUGGAUCCUCUCCCAAAUAUUUGUAAAGUUUAUUCCUUACUUGUUCAACAAGAAAGACAGUUUAUAGUUCCUAUUGAUGAAUCCAAGCUUUUAGCUUUCCCUGCUACUCAGUCUCAAUGUAGAGGUAACAGUUCCUUUCGAGGAAAAGGAUCAAGAAGUGGUAGAUCAUUUUAUGGUCGUGGAAAAGGCAUGAGAGUUUGCACUCAUUGUGGCAUAACCGAUCACACUAUAGAUACCUGUUUCAAAAAGCAUGGUUAUCCUCCUCAUUGGCAACUACAUGGUCAAGUUAACAAUGUUUCCACCGAUUAUGAUCAAGAAGAUGAGGCUUAA